AUGUCUAGCCCUGAGGCAGACGAGGUACUAUUUGCAUACAUAGCCGUAGCCCCUCAUGCUGUAAGCCUGGUACUGAUACGGGAUGACGACGAGGUACAACGACUAGUGUACUACGUGAGUAAAUCACUACAUGAGACCGAAGUGCGAUACUUACCAUUGAAGAAAGCGAUUCUUGCAGUAAUGCAUGCCACAAAGAAGCUCCCUCAUUACUUUCAAGCACACAUGGUCAUCGUUCUAACCCAGCUCCCCCUUCGAGCGGUGCUUCGAAGUGCCGACUACAUCGGAAGGAUCGCCAUGUGGAGUGCACUUUUGGGAGCUUUUGAUAUUAAAUAUAUGCCCAAAUCCUCUGUCAAAGGUCAAGUCCUCGCGGACUUAGUCGCAGAAUUCGCUGAACCCUCUGUAGAAACAAUAGCCGAGAAGAAAGACAUGGAUGGAAAAUCGGUUGGCACAAUUUCAGCAGGGGAAACCUUGCGUUGGAGGGUCUACGUGGAUGGCGUGGCCAACCAAAGAGGAUCCGGAAUUGGGCUAGUUUUAAUAUCGCCCGACGGUAUUGCCAUCGAGAAAUCAUUGAGACUCGGGUUCUCAGCUACAAACAACAAGGCUGAAUACGAAGCCUUACUUCAAGGGAUGACGGUGGUUCAAAAAUUGGGCGGAAGGGUAAUGGAAGCGUUCUCGGACUCCAAAUUGGUCGUUGGCCAAGUGAUGGGUGAGUUGGAAGCUAGAGAUGCUAGAAUGCAAGAAUAUCUCGGACGAGUCAAACGCCUACAGUUGAAUUUUGAAUCCUUCAAUCUGACGCACGUUUCCAGGAGUGUGAACACCCAUGCAGACUCGCUGGCCACUCUCGCCACGUCCUCAGCGCAUGAUCUGCCGCGAAUGAUCCUUGUCAAAGAUCUAGUCCAGGCGAGUCCCAUUAGAAGAGACCCGGCUCAGGUCCAUCAGAUUAGAAAGAAUCCCAGCUGGAUGGAUCCUAUAAAGAACUUCCUCAAAGAUGACACCCUACCAGAGGGAAAACUGGAGGCCGAGAAGAUACGGAGGAAUGCUCCUUGGUUCUGGUUAUCGGAAGAGCACAAACUAUAUCGGCGCUCCUACUCUGGGCCGUACCUACUUUCAAGAACUUCAGGGAGUAUUGCUGCGAGUUUGGAAUCACUAACCGGUACUCCACUCCCGCCUACCCCCAAGGAAAUGGACAAGCUGAGACCGUGA